AUGUCCGUGAUGGAAGUUUUGGGCAAGUUUGCCCGGUUUAUUGGCCCAGGAAUCCUCAUCAGCGUUGCGUACAUGGAUCCUGGCAACUAUUCCACCAGUGUUUCUGGCGGUGCACAGUUCCAAUACCAACUGUUGUUCGUGGUGUUAAUUUCAAACAUUUUUGCAGUCGUGUUACAGUGUCUAUGUGUUAAGUUGGGUACUAUUACUGGUCGGGAUCUGGCAGAAAACUGUCGUCGACACUUGCCUCACAAGCUGAACGUAGCUAUAUUUCUCUUCUCCGAGAUAGCCAUUAUUGCAACAGAUCUGGCAGAAGUGGUGGGUACUGCCGUGGCACUGCGUAUUCUGUUCAAUAUACCCCUGCUGUGGGGCGUUGGAUUGACAAUUUUGGACGUGUUGGCUAUUCUGAUAUUUUACAAGCCUGAAACGCAGUCUAUGAAACAAGUGCGUCUGUUUGAGAUGUUUGUGACCACUUUGGUUGCUGCUACCGUGGUUUGCUUCAUACUUGAGCUUUUCAAAAUUUCCGUGCCCGACAAACUCGGUCUGUUUAAAGGUUACUUGCCUUCCAAGGUAAUCCUAGAGAACAACCAAGCCAUGUACAUUUCACUGGGAAUAUUGGGUGCUACCGUUAUGCCACACUCACUCUUCUUGGGCUCAUCCCUUGUCAAACCCAGAUUAAACGAAUAUGACUUCAAACAUUUCGGCAAGGUUCAUGCCAAGCCUUCUUUCGCGGCUAUCAAGUAUACCUUGAGCUACUCAUAUGCAGAACUGAUUAUAUCGUUGUUCCUCAUCGCUACGUUCGUUAACUCUGCCAUUUUGAUCGUUGCUGCCGCAACUCUACAUGGGCAACCUGAUGCGGAGGAUGCAGACUUGACCUCGAUUUUCAACUUGCUGAGCUACUACAUUUCUCCAGCUGCCGGCUUGAUCUUCGCCCUUGCUAUGCUGUUCUCAGGACAGUCUGCUGGUGUGAUUUGUACCAUGGCCGGUCAAAUAGUAUCUGAGGGUUUCCUACAGUGGACACUCAAGCCAUGGAUUACUAGAUUUGUCACCAGACUAAUUGCCAUUGUACCUUGCUUCUUCGUCGCUGCUGUUUUCGGAGAAAAAGGUGUUUCCAGCAUUCUAAACCUAAGUCAGGUUGUACUGUCAAUGAUCUUACCAAUUGUCUCUGCUCCUUUGAUUUACUUCACAUGCAACAGUAAAAUCAUGUCGGUAGCCGAGGUGAGACAGCGGAGCCCACAUGAGGCGACAGAAACUACAGCCUUGACCACAAGAUCGACAGGGAAAAUAAACUACGCAAACAGCAGGUGGCUGGCAAUCACAUCUAUCUUGGUCUGGGUAACGAUCAGUGCACUAAACUGCUAUCUGGUCGGAUCCUAUCUCUCAGGAGCAGACGUCCACUUCUGA